AAGCACAAAGUCCCCAUGUCCGAUGACCAUUGAGGUUCGGUUCAGACACAGAGUUGGGUUAUAUAUAUGUCGCGAAAUUGGAAGUUAAAGCUUGGAAGAAAUUGCAAAAAUGGAGGAGGCGAAGGCGUUAGCUCAGCAGCAUCUCCUGCAACAGAUCCAACGGCAGAAGCAGCAGCAACAGCAAGAUGCCAUGGCGCGUUUUCCUUCCAACAUCGACGCUCAUCUUCGUCCUCAACCCUUCAUCCACCGCCAGCAAUCGCAGUCUCUAAAUCCCACGCCUAAUCCCAAUCAGCAAAGCCCUAACCCUAAUCCCGCACUCCAGAUCCCUAUUCAGCAAACCCCCAAUGCGAACCCUUCGCAACAGCAACAGCAACAGCUACAGCAGCAACAGCAGCAGAAGCUCAAUCGGCCGGCGCAGGCCUCCAAUACGGCGGAGCUGCAGAUGGCUUACCAGGACGCCUGGCGAGUAUGCCAUCCUGACUUCAAGCGCCCUUUCUCUUCCCUCGAAGACGCCUGCGAAAGGCUUCUCCCUUACCACGUCGUUGCGGAUUAUGAAGCGGAGGAAGAUGACAAAAUCCUUGAUUCGGACACAACAGGCCAAAUUCUUUCUCGCUCCCAACAAUGGGACCACAACAUUGCUGCAAAGGUUGCUGAAUUUACUGCCACAUUUGAGAAACAAGUACUCGCAUUUAAUAUCAUUUCGAGGAAAAGAGAACAAGGGGAAUUCCGGACAGAGGAGAAGCUGCAAAUCGAGCAGAUGCUAGUGCAAGAAGAGAAGUUGGCGUUCUCUGAAUUGAUGGACAUGAGGCAGAAGGCAGGGCGGGAGACUCAUGAAGCUAAUAUGCAAAUGGCAGCUAUGGUUCAAGCAGAGCAGGCUCGAGCCGAAUCUCACGCGCGUGCUGAGAUGAUGUCCCGAGGACCAAUUCGAGCGAGCGCACUUGGGCCUCGAGGCGGCAAUAUUCUGAUGGGUCAUGAUGGUGGGGAGCAAGUGCAGGAAGUGAAAGACGAAGAAAUGAUGAAUGGUUGGGGUAACAACACACAGAAGGAUGAAAAGGAACCUUCGGAGGAUUUUCUGAAUGAUGAAGAAACAGAGAAUGGAGAAGGCGGUAUUCAAAGCGAUUGGCGUGGAGGGGGAGAGUUGGAUCUCAACACAAGAUGAAUGAAUGAAUCUUUUACAAGCAGAGGCAUAGUUGGCUUGCUUGUUUGUGUACCAGGGAAGAAGCAAGAGAAACGUUACAGUUACACCCCCUUUUAACUUAUGGAUGAUCCUAUUGUACUGUAUGAUUUUUGUGUCAGGGAUUGUUGUAUUGUACAGAAGCUGUACCUUCAAAUCUUCUCUUCAAUUGUACUCCUACUAGGCACAAAUUUUUAGGGAAAAGCAGAAUCUCCAAACGCUCUAAUUAAUGAUUGAAAAUAACUCGGUCGAAUAUUGGGUGCUCA